GAAAAGAAUGGCAGGAGAUCGGAGACGAAUACAAGGACCCGAAGUAACUGUUGCGCCAAUAAUCAUAAAGUCUUCUGAUAAAGGAAAGAUACAACUUACGGACGCUAACGGCCAACGACGUGAUGGAAGAAAUCUGGAAGAUAUUCGGCCGAUUUUCCUAAAAACUGGGCUUAUAAGCCAAGCUAAUGGUUCAGCAUAUAUAGAGUUGCGACGAACCAAGAUAGCCUGUGGAGUUUAUGGUCCACGUCAAACGAAAAUUCCGUCAUUUAGCGGGAAAGGCAAUUUAAAUUGUGAAAUCAAAUUUACGCCAUUUUCAUGUUUGAAACGUAGACAACCUUAUCGUGAUGCGCAGGAGAAAGAAUUGUCACAACUUGUAUUUGAAGCAUUGGCCCCUUCCAUACGACUUGAUUUAUUACCAAAAUCGACUAUUGAUAUAUAUAUAAGUGUACUGGAGAAUGAUGGGAUGGCAUCUUGCUUUGCCGCUGCAAUUACGUGUGCUUCAGUAGCCGUGGCUGAUGCGGGUAUAGAAAUGCUAGAUCAGGUUGCAGCUUGUUCUGCGUCAUAUAUUGAUGGGGAUAUUUACAUGGAUAGUGAUCUUGUGGAAGAACAGCGUGAAUCAGGUUCUUUAGUUUUGUCUUAUAUGCCUUCACUGAACGAAGUAACACAUAUUUUACAAUCUGGAGAAGUUGAAGUAUCUCUAACCACUCAGGCUAUUGAACAAUGUACUGAUACAUGUUCGAAAAUAUAUUCAGUUAUGAACCAUAGUCUAUUAGAAUCUGUUAAGAACAGGAUUCAAUAGUAUUAUAUAAUAACUAAGAUUUUUAAUCAUUGAUUGAUUUAUUAAAAAUUAAAGAUAGCAAUAUUUUAUAAAUUCUUAGCAUUUAAAGCGACAGCUACUUUUGAUCUGUUAGGUCUACCUAAAUUCUGCGAAAUAUAAUUACCAACGCGCACCAAAUCGGUAAGAUUCACACCUGUAUGAAAGCCCAUCCCUUGAAACAUGUAUACCACAUCUUCCGUUGCUACGUUGCCAGUUGCUCCUUUGGCAAAAGGACACCCACCUAAUAAUCUUAUUUAGUAUAUAAAUCGAAAUUAUUGAGAUGAGAUAUAUUAAUAAAAGAAAUUCAUACCCAAACCCGCAACAGAACUAUCAAAAACCCUUAUUCCAUGCUGUAUAGUUAUUUAUUAGAUAAAUAUAAUAUAAAAUAAAGUAUUAUUAUAAAUUC